AUGGCAAGACUCUACGGUACACUUGGGGACAUCACCAGGGCCACGCAACCGGAUUUGAUAUUAAGAGUAGUAAGCUUUUUUGAAUCGAAUUUCGAGCUGCAGUCCAAGAACAAUAUUCAUAUCCUGUUUCAUGAUGAACAUGGUUCACGCAUAAAUGGCAUCAUCCGUUCUCGAAGCAUGAGAUUAUAUCGAGAUGUGUUCAAAGAAGGCAAAGUUUAUGCAAUCCACAACUACAAUGUUGAAUGCAAUAAUCAGAGGAUCAAUACUACCGGCCAUAGAUGGAUCCUUGUGCUUCAUCCAAAGACAAAUGUAUUCACGUACGAUGGAAAUUUUCCUCAUCACUAA